GUGCCUGGUCGCAUAGCUCCACAUGGCGGUGAUGCAACUCAUUGCUCUUUACCUUCGUAAAAUUUCAACUAUUUGAUCGCUAAAACUCUCAAUUAUCUCCUCAAUUAAUGAUGUUGAGGUCUUCUCGCCGUAUCCUUCAAGCUGUUUCUAGCCUCGCCGAGGAAAAUCUGAGUUAUCGACUUCUGGAAACGCUUCGAAAGCCGCCUUGUUUUCUGUCUACUACCGCUACCCGAUCAAGUAGUCAAUCGACAAAUUCCACGACGGAAGAAUCCCGAAGCGGCGCUGAGCCCUCAGAAAGUGAAAACUGUAGCGAAUUGGAGGCUAAAUUGGCAAAGAAAGACAAGUAUAUAGAGGAAAGAGAUAAACUCGUCACAGAACUUGAGGAUAAAUACAAGCGCUCCUUGGCAGAGAAUCAGAAUGUUCUUCAGCGCAGCCAAAAAAUGGUUGAGGAAGCACGUCUGUUUGCCAUUCGAGGCUUCUCUAAAGAUUUGCUAGAAAUUGCUGACAUCUUGGAAAAAGCAACCACAUCUGUGCCCAAAGAAGAGCUUGACAAGAACUCCCAUCUAAAGAAUCUGUUUGAGGGGCUUACUAUGACGGAGGCUCAGCUUCACAAGGUAUUCAACAAGAAUGGCCUAGAAAAGAUGAAUCCAGAGGGGGAGAAGUUCAACCCUCAUUUCCAUGAGGCUGUCUUCCAAUUUGAUGCUCCUGACAAGGAAGAUGGUACUGUCGCUGUUGUGCAAAAAAUUGGUUACACUUUGAAUGGUAUAACAUUAAGGCCAGCACUUGUUGGUGUUGUCAAGAAAAGCACUUAAUCUUGCUGUGGUUAUUGUAUAAACUUUUAUGCAUACAGACAGUGUAUUCUGUUUAUCUUUCCAUUUAAUUUUUAUUUAGAACUUCUGAUUGAUAAUACAGAGUCAGCCAUCUUAUUCUAAUGAUGAUACUAGGGGAACCAGACUCUAUAAAAGAAGAGAUGGCGGACAAACAAGAAAUAUUAAUAUGGAAUGGGUGGGAAAUACAAUAAACAAGAAGUGUAGAAGCCCGCUCGUAAGACCUAACAGGAUUGGCUGGAUUCCCUCCUUGUUCUAUUCUAUUCUAUUCUAUUGUCUGUUGUGCAUCAAUCCAAUAAGGUGAAAUUUUUUGGUAGCUUCUACAUGACCCAAAAAGCGUACCCAAAAAUCCAUCAAAAUUGGGGUGGAUAGCAACCCAAUGCAAAUGAACCAUAUUGAUUGUUUUAUCUCAUUUGCCUUGAAUAUGGCUCAGUGGUUGGACAGUGUAUAAACUAGGCAUUACUCUAUCAACACUUCUAGAGUAAACCACCAUGUAUUAUUAUUUUUUUUGGUAAUAGUGAAAGGGACUUAUCACUUGGACCCUUAAUAAAGAGUAAGGCUCUCAAUAUUAUCUAUGAAACUUAAAAACAUAAUUAAAGCGAUUUUAAUGCCUUAA